AUGAUAGGAAAUGAGAGAAAGGAACUCGAGCUGGAAUUGGAUGUUCCCAUGUCGUCCAACGAAAAUCAAGGAACCAACACUGGUUCCGAAGUCACCACGCUAUCCAAGCGACAGCACCUACAAAACAUUGCCGACUUUGUGCUGGAACUCCACGGCUGGCUAAGCGGUGGACAAAGUGGGAUGUACAUGGAAGAUGACCGACUUGACCACUACGAAGACACUUUAUCGUUACUUCUCGAAUUCCUCGAAGAAGAGCUACAUGGGCAGCCAAACACAGCCUACUCUACUCCGAACCUGGUACUCCGGAUCCUUAAACACACCAUUGAGAAUCUUCGCAGCUACCUCAUUCAACUAGGUAUAGAGAUGGAGUUGAUGAAUUCCUUGUGGUUGAAGCAUCCAUGGGUCGUCCGAAGGGAGGAAGAACCGCACAGCGAGACCAUGAUACUUACUGCGGAAGAAACUGCGGAAUGGGUAAGGAAGGUGGCUGACGACAUGGAGAAGCGCAUGAAGGAAAUGAAGGAAAGAGGUGAUUGGGAUCCGGAAUUGUUCGCACAACCUCCAAAGCAAGCUCUCCCGCCAGCUGCGGUGUGGGAGUAG